GUUCAUACGUUUCAUCCAUCCUGAGUAUCCCAAAACCAACAGAAAAAUUAUACCUCCUCUCUCUCACACACCACAUCGCACUCCUCACCCGCCCCCUUCUUCACAAACAACAAAAACAAAACCCUAUUUUUCUAUUCAUUCAUUCCCUCACUCUUUCUCUCUUCUUCAUCAUAAUCACAAACCAACCCCAUUCAUAAUCAUCACUCUUCUUCUUCCUCUUCUCACUCUGAAAGAAACGCACGCACACAUUUUCUGUUCUUAAUUCAUUCACAAUACCAAUACCUACAACACAACCUGUGGCGGUUAUCGAAACGGUUGCGUUUCCCCAUCAAACACCGCCCUUUAACUCUUACUCUAUUAGGGUUAUUAUUCUCUUUCCUUUCUCACUUAAUUUCCCUUUCGUUUUCCAAUUUCCCUAAUUCUUCCUUUCUCUAUAACCCUAGCUUCUUCCUCUUCAACCUGUGUGUGUGUCUUCUAGGGUUUCCGCUUUCCUCAACGCCGCUCCUCACUCUCCCUUUGUGUGUUCAAACUGUUUCGAUACGACUCUUCUACCAUUGUUUCCGUUUUUCUGUUUGUUUUUCAUUUCUGUGCGGUGAUCGAUUUUGUUGUUUUUCGAUGUUUUUGCAUCAAUGAUGGUGUCUCUUUGAGUUUUCUAGUGUCUCGUGCGAGUCCAUCUUUUUGUUUGAAGAUGGAGGCGUAGUGAAGCUUUCUCAUUUCACCGCAUUGUCUUGGGUUUCACGUCAAGGGGUUCGUUGAAGGGCCCAUUUCAGUUCAGCAUUGUUGGAACCGGUGCGGCUUUGAAUCUGGGUCUGAUUUUUUAGUGAGAUAGGGGAUUGUAGCAACUGUGAGGAUACUGAUUUGUGGAUUAACCUGAUUUCUGGGUGGAAUAUUUCCCGUUUGCAUCGGGGAAAGUUUUGUGUUUGGGGAGGUUAAUCUUGAUUAGUUUCAGUGUAUGUAGAGCGAAGAAAGAUGGAGGGUGUGAAAUAGAGUCAGUGGUAUUGUGUGUACAGGUGUUAGAGUGGUGUUCUAGGGAUACGGUUGGUGGAGAAGGUGCAUGUGCUUUUUUUUGUAUUCAGUAAUUCUUAUCAUGUUCAGUGUUCGUUAUGGAAAAAAGUGAGCCUGCAUUAGUUCCGCAAUGGUUGAGAAGUGCUGGAAGUGUUGCUGGGGCUGCCAGUUCAGCCCACCAUUUUGCAACUCCAUCUACUCACACAGAUGCUCCUUAUGUAGCCCGCCAGACAAGGAAUAGAUCUUCUAAGACCUCUAAUGAUUAUGAUAGCCCUCGUUCUGUGUUUCUUGAACGUACAUUUUCAUCAACUUCUCGGAGGAGUUCCACCAACGGCUCUGCCAAGCAUGCCUAUAGUAGUUUCAAUAGAAGUCAUCGUGAUAGGGACCGUGAUAGAGAGAAAGAUAGAUCCAAUUAUGUAGACCACUGGGAUCGUGACUGUUCUGAACCAUUUGCUGAUCUCUUUUCUGGAAGGAUAGAGAGGGAUACUCUUCGGCGAUCUCAUUCAAUGGUAUCCAGGAGACAAAAUGAGAUUUUGACCCCCAGAGUUGCAGUAGAUACUAAAUCCGGUGGCAACGGCAAUCAGAACAAUGGCAAUGAUCUACAUUCUCGGGGUAGUAUUGGUAGUAGCAUCCAGAAAGCUGUUUUUGAUAAGGAUUUUCCAUCACUUGGAGCUGAAGAGAGGCAGGGUAUAACUGAAAUUGGGAGAGUUACAUCUCCUGGUUUGGGUGCUACUGCUAGUCAAACUCUUCCUGUUAGCAGUUCAGCUUUGAUUGGUGGGGAGGGAUGGACAUCUGCACUAGCUGAGGUACCUCCUAUAAUUGGAAACAAUACUACUGGAUCUCUAAAUUUGCAACAAACUGCUAGUCCAACUUCUGGGUCUGUACUUUCAAGCACAUCAGCUGGUCUUAACAUGGCUGAAGCUUUAGUACAGACUCCAUCUCGAGCACGCUCUACUCCUGAGGUGUCGGUCCAAACCCAAAGGCUUGAGGAAAUGGCUAUCAAGCAGUCAAGACAGUUGAUUCCAGUAACGCCAUCAAUGCCUAAGGCUCUGGUUAAUAAUUCUUCUGAGAAAUCAAAGCCCAAGGCAACUGCCAGAAAUGCUGAGAUGAAUAUGGCUGCCAAGAGUGUGCUUCAGCAACCCUCUGCACUGCACAUAGCUAAUCAUUCCGUCCGUAGUGGAAAUGCCAAAGGCGAUGCUCCAAAGACAUCUGGAAAGUUCACUGAUCUUAAAUCAGUGGUUUGGGAAAAUGGUGUUUCACCUACAGCCAAAGAUGCUUUGAGUCCAACAAAUUAUUCUAACAGCAAACCUUCAAAUCAUAUUCCUGUUGCUUCAGCAGCUGCUUCUGCGCCUUUAAGGAACCCCAAUAAUCUUAAAUCCCCUACAGAGCGGAAACCAGCUUCUUUGGAUCUGAAAUUAGGUUCUUCUAUGGAUAAGAAACCUUCUAUUUCUCAAGUGCAGAGCCGGAAUGCUUUCUUCAAUCUCAUUAAAAAGAAAACUCUCAUGAACUCCUCAGUUCUUCCAGAAUCUAGCCCAGCUGUUUCAUCUCCCUUGAUGGACAAACCUGGUGAAGUAAAUAUAGAACCAGUUGCCCCCCUUGCAAAUCCUCAAGAUCUUGGAAACAGUGCUGAAGUGACUAGCAAUGGUAAUGCAUGUUUAGAGGUUCACACACUUCCUGAUAAUGAGAAUGAUACAAUUCCUGAUGAGGAAGAGGCUGCAUUCCUUCGUUCUCUUGGCUGGGAGGAGGAUUCUGGUGAGGAUGGCGGCCUUACAGAAGAGGAGAUAAAUGCCUUCUAUCAGGAGUGCAUGAAGCUGGGCACAACUACAUUAAAGCUAUGUCAGGGAAUGCAGCCAAAGUUGUCCACAUUUUUUGAAUCUUAUGCCACUAACUUGCAUGGAGCUCCUGCUGAAACGAGUUCUUCUGACUCCGGAUCUGAAGCGUGAUUUUCAGUUGUAUCAUCGAUAGAUCCAAGUUACAUAUUUUUUUUAUGGCAGAUGGCUAGUAACAUUUUCCCCUUGUUUUUAAAGAAGGCUGGUGAUUUUGGAGUGAAAGAGGGUGGGUUUCUAUUGGAACCCUGCAUUUGCAAAUAUUGCAAUAAGUUACAGGUGCCUACUUAGCAAGGGUUUUUUUUUUGUUUGGGGGUAAAAUCUAUAGGUUGGUUGGAUAGAGCUAAGGUGUAGGGGCUAUUUUGUCUGCAGAAAUGGCAUCUUUUGGGGGUAUUUUGAUACAUUUUUCUUUCAAGAGGGUUUGAUUCUAAAUGAUAAAGUUUAUGGUUUUUUUUGUCAAUUUUACAUAAAAAAAGGGAAAUUAGAAGUUUAUUUCUAA